GUGGGAGUUUGUCCAUUUUGUGCAGGGCACGGUAGUGUCUGAGGGCCGAAUUCGUUCCGUCGUCAUGUUAUCUGGUACAGCACGGAAGAAGAGCAGCGGGAAGGCGGCCCCGGAGCUCCUGGUGUUCGGCUAUGCCUGCAAGCUGUUCCGGGACAACGAGAAGGCCUUGUACCACGAGCAUGGGAGGCACCUCAUCCCGUGGAUGGGAGACUCGCAGAUUCUGAUCGAUAGGUAUGAUGGACGUGGUCAUCUGCAUGACCUUUCCGACUAUGACACAGAGCACAACUCGUGGAACCGAAACUAUAAUUUAUCCGAGGAGGAGGCUCGAAUAGAGGCGUUAUGUGAUGAAGAGAGGUAUUUAGCGUUGCAUACGGACUUGCUUGAAGAGGAAGCAAGGCAAGAGGAAGAAUAUAAACGGCUAAGUGAAGCCCUGGCAGAAGAUGGGACAUAUAACUCUGUGAGCUUCCAAUACAAAAGUGACUAUUACGAUCCUUCCCAGCCCACAGAGGAAGAAGAGCCACAGAAAGACAAAGAUGACAAAGACUCAAGUGAUGUUGAAGAUAAUGAAGAGCCCUUCAUUGCACCAGAAGGGUUAAAUGUCCCACCUGAUGUUGAACUGCCACCAACAGCAAAAAUGCAUGCUAUUAUAGAACGCACAGCGAAUUUCGUCUGCAAACAGGGGGCUCAGUUUGAGAUCAUGUUAAAAGCCAAGCAAGCUCGAAACUCCCAGUUUGACUUCUUACGUUUUGAUCACUACCUCAACCCUUACUACAAGCACAUCCAGAAAGCCAUGAAAGAGGGACGCUAUACCACACUCGCAGAAAAACUGAACGAAGAGAAAAAAAAAGCUAUGGCUAACGGAGACAAAAACAGUGGAAAUGAUGAGGACGAUGAUGAUUACGAUGAAGACGGUGAUUACUUACAUCCAAGUCUUUUUGCUUCGAAGCGUUGUAGUAGAUUGGAAGAGAUUACCAAGCCCUUGAAAGUGAUGGAUCCUGACCACCCACUUGCAGCCCUUGUCAGAAAAGCACAGAAUGAGAAGAUGGCCUCUCAGUUGCCUGUGAAUGUUCCACCUGCUCCCACUACUGAGACAGAAAGCACAGCAGACACUUCUGUGACGUCUACUUAUUACAAUUACUACAUGUUACCUGAUGGGACGUACUGUCUUGCACCUCCACCACCAGGAAUGGACUCCAGUGCUUACUACAACCCGUUGCCAGCAGAAGACUGUGCACAAAUUGCUACUACAUCACAAUCCAGCAUCUCCCCAUCUCUAAAUAAUGGUGAAACCAGCCAAUUAUCCCAGGAAGUGCCUGCACCAAGCACAUUGGCCCCAGUGGUUGCCAUUAUCCCUCCGCCACCUGAUAUUCAGCCUGUCAUUGAUAAACUAGCACAGUAUGUGGCUCGAAAUGGACUUAAAUUUGAAACCAGCGUUCAGGCAAAGAAUGAUUCAAGGUUUGACUUUCUGCAGCCUUGGCAUCAGUAUAAUCCUUACUACGAAUUUAAGAAGCACUUUUUCAUGCAAAAAGAAGGCACGCUCAUUCCCCAGCCUUCCACAACAUCAGACGCUAAUGUUGUAUCUGCAUCACCCUCAGAGGGCAAUGUGAUACCAAGUAGUACUGUUCCAAGUGAUGGAAACAAUGUUGGUGCCACUGAUGCCAAAACUGACUGUGCUGGUAGCAAGCCUGCCAAUGAUGGAAAGCUCAUGAAAGUUUCCUUUGCUCCAAUAAGUUUUGCAAUAAAGGUGAAAGAAACCGACCUUCUGCCGCUUGAGAAAAACAGAGUAAAAUUAGAUGAUGACAGCGAGGAAGAGGAGGAUGGAGAAAGCAAAGAAGGCCAGCAAAGCAAGACCAGUAGCUAUUCAAAUAGCAACCAAUUAGUUAGUGCCGGGAACGCUGCAGUAGAAGAGAAGAGACCACAGUUAACUCCAGAGGAACUGGAAGCUAAGCAAGCAAAGCAAAAACUAGAGGACAGACUGGCAGCAGCUGCUAGGGAAAAACUGGCACAGGCAGCCAAAGAAUCGAAAGAGAAACAACUGCAAGCAGAACGCAAAAGGAAAGCUGCUCUUUUCCUGCAGACACUAAGGAAUCCAUUGGAAAUGGAGAUGGGAAGAACGGAGGAGAGUACCUUUAAUUCAGAGGCUGAGAACACCAUGAAUUAUGACUUGCUCCCAGAGGAUAUCAUUGUGCCUACAACAGAGUACCCUGUCACAGAGAGGUCCCCAAUUCGUGAAUUGCCACAUGAAGAAAAGGAGAAAAAGAAGAAAAGGAGGAAGAAGCGGUCCAGGUCAAGAUCUCAAUCUCCAAGAAUUCAUUAUGAAUCCAAAUCCCGAUCUCAUUCAAAAGUCAAGCAUUCCCUUCCCACAGCUUACAGAACAGUUAGGCGUUCCAGAUCACGUUCAAGAUCACCUAGAAAACCACCACAGUCUACAGAAAGAAGAAGAGAGGAAGACCGAGAAAGAGAUGUCUCAUGUUCUUAUCGCGUUGGACAAAACCCUGGAUACAGCAGUAAACGGUCACGGAGCCCACAUGGAAGUGGGAAGAAAAGAUACUCCAGAGCGGAGUCCAACUCCAAAGCAAGAUCUCGUUCCCGCUCACCCACCAGACCAGGGGCUCAGAGUUCAGUACACUCAAGUAUCUCUCCCAUGGAGAGCAGAGCAUCUCGUCAGGAAAAUUACAGGGAAAGGCCCCAGGACAAAGAUAGCCACAUUGCGUCUGAAAUUGUCUCUUCUGUACAGACCAAAAUAACUCAGGACUUAAUGGCUAAAGUAAGAGCAAUGCUGGCAGCCUCCAAGAACACGCGCACAGGAGCUUCCUGAUAUGGUCAAUUAUAGGGAAGUUAACCCCUGUGUCGCAGGCAGAUAUCCUAGAUGAGGGGUUUUCAUGCAUAAGCUGUAAUUCCACACAAUUUCCAUGUGAAAUUAGAUUUACAAAUGGUCAAUUUUUCAUUGACCUAUUCCAAUUCUUUGUUGCCGAAUUACAUUUCUCAUGAUUCUUAGCAAUAACCAUUGGAUGCUGCGUCCCCAGAUCUCACAUUUACAUCAUUGACUAAUUGAUAGGACAUCCGAGGACAUGUAGAUCAGCAACAUUUGUAGUUUUGAAGGAUACUCUAUAAAUUGACCAGCAGCUGCCAAUGUGUAUAUUUGUAUAUAAUAUGUUUGUCUAUUAAAGUGCUACAAAGUAAAAAAAAUAAAUGAGGUUUUUUUGAAGAGA